AUGGAGAAGCAAAGGAUGGCCAUCGUCGGCGCCGGCAUGAGCGGCCUCACGGCGUGCAAGCACGUGCUUGAGCGCGGCUUCCGGCCCGUCGUGUUCGAGGCCGAGGCGGACGCCGUCGGCGGCGUGUGGGCGCACAUGCUCGCCACGACGCGCCUGCAGACCCCACGGCCGCAGUACGAGUUCACGGACUUCCCGUGGCCGCCGGAGGUGCCGGAAUUGUACCCGAGCCACGACCAGGUCAUGGAGUACCUGUGCUCCUACGCGCGCCACUUCGGCGUGCUAGAGUGCGUCAGGUUCGGCAGCCGGGUCACCGCUCUGGAGUACUCCGGCGCCGUCAACGAGGAGGAGAUGAUGGCGUGGGAGCAGUGGGCCGGCAACGGCGAGGCGUUCGGCAGCGGUCAAGGCGAGUGGCGGAUCACCGUGCAGCACGGGGACUACGUCGAGUCAAAAACACACGUGGCCGACUUUGUGUUGCUAUGCGUUGGACGGUACAGUGGCAUCCCCAACAUUCCAACUUUCCCGCCGGAGAAAGGGCCGGAGGCCUUUAAUGGCACGGUGAUCCACUCCAUGGAUUACUCCAACAUGGACGAUGCAAAAGCCACUGAGCUCAUCAAAGGUAAACUCGUCACCGUCGUCGGCUACCAAAAGUCUGCUCUCGAUGUCGCCACAGAGUGCGCAAAUAUGAAUGGCCCAACACAUCCUUGCACAAUGAUUAUUCGGACAAAGAGAUGGAUCAUCCCUGACUUAUAUGCUUGGGGUGCCCCGGUUCCUUUCUUGUACUUCAAUCGCUUGUCCGAACUACUAGUUCACAAGCCAGGAGAGGGGCUGCUCCUUAGCCUGCUGGCUACCUUCUUGUCACCCUUGAGAUGGAUACUCUCAAAGUUUGUUGAGAGCUACUACAUGUGGGCGGUGCCCAUGAGGAAGCAUGGCAUGAUGCCGGAACACAGCUUCUUCCAAGCUCUCAGCUCAUGGCUGAUUGCAAUAAUGCCGGACAAAUUCUACGACAAUGUGGAGCAGGGAAGCAUUAUCCUCAAGAAAGCAAACGAAUUUAUCUUCUGCAAAGAAGGUGUCAUCAUACAAGGCGAGCCCGUGCCGAUCAAGAGCGACGUCGUGAUCUUUGCGACCGGGUACAACGGGGAUCAGAAGCUCAGAGAGUUGUUCACCUCACCUCUGUUCAAAGAGAUCGUUGUUGGCAUGCCAGCUACUGCGGUCCCUCUCUACAGGCUAUGUGUUCACCCCAGGAUUCCUCAGCUAGCAAUCAUUGGCUACUCAGAGAGCAUGGGAGAUCUACACACCUCGGAGAUACGGUCCAAAUGGCUGGCGCAUUUCCUUGAUGGGGCAUUUCGUUUGCCUGCCAUAAGAUCAAUGGAGGAAAAUGUGAAGGAAUGGGAAGCAUACAUGAAACGCUACUCGGGCGAGUACUUCCGUCGAUCUUGCGUCGCUUCUGUCGGUAUCUGGCACAACGACCAGCUGUGCAAGGACAUGGGGUGUGAGCCUAGGAGGAAGAAGGGAUUUCUGGCUGACUGGCUGAUUCCCUAUGAACCUGCAGAUUACGCAGGUGUCAAUCUGAGGAACUAG